UAAAUUAUUCGAAAACACACACCAAAAAAAUUAACUAGUUUUGUUUUUGCAACAUCAACAAGGUUUGGUCGCUUGUUGAUUUCAGGAGAAAAAAAAAAAAAACGACAACUCCAAGAUUUGCAUCGCUUGAUGCUUCCUCCAAAACACACACAGACACAUCGGCGAUUUCAAAGUGUUGCCAUUUACUAUGCAACAAUAGAUCUUUAUUCGAUACGAGAUACCCCUUCAAUUUCUUUAACUCCGAUCUCAUGAAUUCAAUCUCCCAUUAACCCAAACAACCAUGAAAAGUUUAGAGAAAUGGAUCAGGGAUUCAACAGGAUCCGAAUCCACCGGUUUUCUAAACGGUGGGUUGUUUCUUGAAUCGAAUUCUUUCUCCUUCGUUUCGCUACACAACACUAAGAGGAAUAAAGGGUCCUCGGUUUCUUGUUCGUUGAGGCCCCGAGUUGGGUUCUUGUGUGUGACGUUGUCGGUUAAAGAUAAAGGGUUUGUUGGGGAAGAAGAGGACCUUUUGGAGAAGCAAGGCGGAGCUUUGAAUACUACUAAGCAUCUUUGGGCUGGAGCUGUGGCUGCUAUGGUCUCAAGAACUUUCGUUGCGCCACUUGAAAGGCUGAAGCUUGAAUAUAUGGUUCGAGGAGAACAAAAACAUCUUGUUGAACUGAUCCAGUCGAUCGCAGCCUCUCAAGGGAUUAAAGGCUUUUGGAAAGGAAACUUUGUGAAUAUUCUUAGAACCGCCCCGUUCAAGGCCAUCAAUUUUUACGCUUAUGAUAAAUACAGAAGUCAGCUAUUGAAACUAACUGGCAAUCAGGAAACGACUAACUACGAGAGGUUUAUUGCCGGUGCUGCUGCGGGAAUUACCGCCACUGUACUCUGCAUACCCAUGGAUACGAUACGAACGAAAAUGGUGGCGCCUGGAGGAGAAGCAUUGGGAGGCGUGAUCGAUGCUUUUCGCCACAUGAUCGAAACCGAAGGAUUUUUUUCAUUAUACAAAGGCUUGUUGCCUUCAAUAAUAAGCAUGGCACCUUCAGGUGCAGUGUUUUACGGAGUUUACGAUAUCUUAAAAUCAACUUAUUUGCAUUCACCAAACGGAAGAAAAAGACUUCAACACAUGAAGGAAGCAGGGGACGGUUUAAACGCUUUGGAGCAAAUGGAAUUAGGUACGCUUAGAACGCUAAUGUACGGGGCGAUUGCUGGAUGUUGUGCGGAAGCAGCUACGUAUCCGUUUGAAGUUGUUAGAAGACAACUUCAAAUGCAAGUCCGCGCUACGAAAAUGAGUGCAGCCGCCACUUUUAUAAAGAUAGUUGACCAAGGUGGCAUACCUGCCUUGUAUGCAGGUUUGACUCCAAGUUUACUGCAGGUGCUACCAUCUGCUGCAAUAAGUUACUUUGUUUAUGAACUCAUGAAGAUAGUCCUCAAAGUCGAACCAGAGUAAGUUUUUGUUUCGUUUUUCAAACGUUAUACACCUUGUAACGAACUUUUUGGUAAGUGAUUUGUUGACCGAACAAACUUUUGCCCUUGUAAGGUUUUUAACGUUCUCUCGGUUAUUUUGAGAGCCUGUUUGGAUUUGUCUGAGUUCCUAGAUAAUGUUUGUUUGAUUUUGGAAGUUGUCGAGUGCUCUAUCGGAGAAUUGUUAUGUGAAUACAUGAAUCUGUGUGAACACAAUUUGUUUCGGUUAGAGUU